AUGAAUUUAACAUGCUCGCCUAGUGUCAGCUACUUUGAUUCGCCAAGUUUCAUUACAUGGGCUCUACAUUUUGUCACUGUUAUCUCCACUCCCAUCCAUUUUAUCGGAUUGUAUUGUAUCCUAUGGAAGACACCAGAAGAAAUGAAAAGUGCCAAAUGGUAUCUGUUGAAUCUUCAUAUUUGGAUGAUUUUUUUCGAUUAUUCAGUCAGUUUUUUUACUAUUCCAAUUGUUCUGAUGCCGGCGUUCGCUGGAAUCCCACUGGGUAUUCUUCAUGCUUUCAAUGUAUCCGGUGUCGUACAAGCAUUGAUAGUACUUCUCUUUCUAGGAUAUGUCAUUGCUUCCAUCAUUUUCAUUUUCGAAAAUCGAUUCUACACAAUUUGUGUGUUUGCUAGUACAGAUGUUGGAGUUUUCGCAUCACCCAAUUUUCUCUCAAUUUCGUUGCGUGUUGUCAGUGGACUAUCCAUUCCAAUUCAUCUCUUCGGAAUGUACGCAAUUCUACUUAAAACUCCUGACAACAUGAGAGCAUUGAAAUGGUAUCUAGCGAGUUUACACAUCUGGACUGUGUUAUUUGAUUACGCAAUGAGUGUAUUUGCAAUCCCAGUCCUUUUAUUCCCGGAGUUUGCUGGAUAUCCACUAGGAUUGUUCAAAGUUUUAAACGCGGAUUACUAUGCUUAUUUGGUUGUUAUUGAGUUUGUAUUUAUAGGUUAUGUCCUAGUAUCAAUCAUCGCAAUAUUUGAGAAUCAAUUCUAUACCGUUUGCUCAUUUACUGGAAAGACCCAUUGGGCGUCACUCAGAAGAUCAUGGCUUGUGUUUCACUAUUUCUUCGCAACUGCUAUCUGUAUUUCUUUUGGUGGCUUUGUUCCAGAACAGACUCAAGCUAGAAAGAACGUGUUUCAGAGAGUCUUCUUCAUCGCUUUAGUCAUCCAAACCGGACUUCCACUCAUCACUUUAGUAGUUCCAUUUGCCUAUUCCUGGGUAUCGGUCAUAUGGAGAUACUACAAUCAAGGCCUCAUGAAUAUCGCUGUCAUAGUUACAACAGUUCAUGGAGUAUCCUCUACCCUUGUCAUGCUUCUAGUGCACCGCCCAUAUCGGAAUGCUCUUAUUUCUGCGUUUUCUAUAAGGUCCACUUCUAAAACACAGGGAUCUUCGAGAAGGAAUGCAUUUAAAAUGUCUGUGAAGGUUUCUCAAAUAAAGACUAUCUAA